AUGUCUGAUUUAUGGAGGAACGCCAUCACAUUGGAUUACGCGCAGUUUUACUUUAGAGCGGUGCCAAUUAGUGGCCAACAGCAGCAACAACAGCAGCAGCAACAGCACCAGCAGCUCGUGCAGCAGCAAUUGCUAGCCCAGCAGCAGCAGCAACUGCAGAUCCAGCAGCUGCAGCAACAAUUGCUGCUGCAGCGACUCGAGCGUGAGUUGCAGCAGAGUUACUCGUGCCUGCGGCAACGUUGGCUAACCGGCUACGCAGCCCCUCAUCAGCAACAGCAGCAGAUUGCCCAGCAGCAACAGCUAUUUGCCGCUCAACAGUUGCAACUGCAGCACCAGCAACUGCAACAGCAACAACAACAUCAGCAGCAACAGCAGCAGCAGCAAUAUAGCUACUACUUCAGCCGCGGAAGCACCAACACCGAUCUGGGUCUGGGACUGGGCCUGGGCUUCGGUCUGGGCAGCGGCAACCUAGCCAGCUGGUACCAUCUGCCGUCCACCUCGGCACACAUCUAUAUUGGAACCACCAGCAGCAGUGGUGCCGCGGGUAGCGCACCCUAUCCGUAUCCGUACCGAAGCGUUAGCGGAUAUUCCGGAGGCGGUUAUCCGGCGGCGGCGCUAAUCAACUUCGAUGCCUCGCCAACGCCGCUGUUAGCCUCAACAGGAAGUUCGCCCGGCUAUUUGCCGCCAUUGGCCGUUCCGGCCGCUUUACCACCACCACCACCGGCGCCGAGUGUAGCCACCGAUUAUUAUUUCAGCAGCCGGAGCACACGUACCGUUCCACCACCGGUACCGCCAACACCGGCAGCCGUUGCAGCAGCGGCAUCAGCAUCAGCGGUAUCCACCUCGCCGUUCCGGGAGUACGGGAGUGCGGCGGAGGAUCUGCAAGCUGGCUAUCGCUACAAGGCCACGCCCCGCAGGCGGUACGACGCCUACGACAACUACGGCUAUCUGCCUGGCUUCGCCAGCACCACUGAAGACGAGGAGGACCUACUCGAGGAGUGCCUGCCACAGGCCUUGCUCUCUACGGACUGCUCUAGUCUCGAGGAACUGCGCUUCUUCCACCUGCAGGAGGAGGACGAAGACGAGGAAGACGAGGAAGUGGCCAAGCAGCUGGCGCACAUCCUUGACCUGCCAGAUUUUUUGCAUCCAUACGGGGGCAGCGGCCGUGACAGCCUGCACAGCCACAAGACGCCGCCGCAACACGAGUUCCAAACGGAGCACGGCUCAGCCGCAGCGGGAGGAGCAGGAUCAGCCGGAUCAGCCGGAAGGGGUGGACCCGAUUUGGGAGGUCAGUCGCAGCGUGUCCUUGAGGAGCAUCGCUAUCAGCCCUAUCAAUACCAACAACAGCAGCAGCAGCAGCAACAGCAGCAUCAGCGACAACAGCAACACCAGUCGCACUUCCCACAGCAACACCAACAAUUCCAGCCGUCGCAGCAGCAACUGCAGCAGCAAUCCUACCACUCCUACCAAUAUCCUUCGCAGGACAGCUGCGAAGGCUUCAAUCAAUUUGCCACAAACGCCGGCAGCUGCCUGGGCAAUCAGAGAAUGAUGGUUAGCAAAUUGUGGAAUAGCUGCUUCCCGGAGUUUACGCCGGACCAUGUGCAUCGACACAACUUCUACCUGUGCCAGUGGCAACGCAAUACACAGGUGCGAAUCGUUUACCUUUUCUAUCGUUGGAUAACGGCCAUCACCUGUCUGGCGGCGCUGGUCUGCUCUUUGCUCGAUAUCGGGCGCACAGAUGAGCACUUUGAGCACCACUAUGCCAAGUGGUGGAUCUACCUUACCCACUGGGGACUGCUUUUCUGCACGGUCCAGGCCUGGCUGGCCGCCUGGAUAGUGACCCAGGGUAUGAUGGUGGAGCGAGAGGACUUUGAGAUUGUACGCCAGGCGAAGAAGAGCCGCCUGCAUCACCUUUAUUGGGUGCUCUACACCUGUGCCACGGUCUAUGCGUUCAUCGUCACCAUGUGCUAUUGGCUCUUGGUUCACAAUCCUGAAAUCCAUAAAAUCGAUGCGUUAAACAUAAUGGUACAUGUGCUGAACACGAUCAUAAUGCUGAUCGAUUUGGCCAUAGUGGGCCACCCGAUAAAGAUGAGCCACGCCUACUUCACCACUGGCAUUGGCUUGGCCUAUGCCAUAUUCACGGGAAUCUACUUCUUGGCCGGCGGCACUGACAGGAAAAACCAAACUGCCAUCUACCCGAUGAUGGACUGGACCAAACCGGGCAAGGCGAUUAUAGUGACAGCCUGUGCGAUCAUCUUUACGUUUUUUGUCCACUUCUGCUGUUACCUUCUUUACCGCGGACGUGUUUGGCUGUUCACCAAGCUGUGCAUCCGUGGUCGUCACAAUCGAGAUGGUGAAAUGGGCGAGGGCCUCAAUGAUGACUCUGGAUCGCGAAUGGGUGGUGGUGGAGGCGGCGGAGGAGGUUCAGCUGGUGGUGGUGGAGCAGCUGGUGGUUCGGUGGCUGCCGCUGGCGCUGUGGGCAGCAGCCAGGACUACGCCCAUCAGCAGCAGUAUCCCAUUGCCCACACUGAGCAGCCGCGAGCGGGCAGCCACCAACAGCAGCAGCAGCAGCCGCCGGGCAAUUACCAGCUGCCGCCGCAGUAUUCCGGAUAUCUGCAACAGCCGGUGGUCGCCGGAGUCAAUGUGGGUGUGAUCAGUGCCGAGGGUGUGUAUCAGCCCAUUGGCACGGACACAGGACGCACCAGUGGCGGAGGCGGCGAGGGUAAGCACAAAUCCUCCUCAGGAUCAACAGCCGGAGCAGGAUCUGGGCAAGGAUCAGGAUCAGGAUCGGGCUCGGCAUUGACGCGCACCGUAGCCCAUUUGGAGGCGUCGCAACGGGAGCAGUUCCUCAAUCCCAACAAGAUCGUCGAGUACAAGAUGUAAAGGCGUUGCACCCGGCACCGGUAUACGUUCCACUUGUCCAUGAAGUUUCUGGAGAAGCACUGUGCCCAGUGCGAGGCGACGCGCAACGCCAUCUGCGAGGAGGAGCGCCAUUUGGCAUGAGCACAGUGGUUAGUUUUUAGAUUUGCUUUCGAGACGUCUAGUUUUCGAAUACCUGCCAGGCCAAAUCGAUUGAUCUGGCUCAAAUCAGUAUUGCACUUGGUAUUGUUUUUUUGGCAAAGUAGUUUGUAACCGUAGUUUCGUAAUUUUGUAAAAGCUUUGCCAACCUUUUUUAAAUGUGUAGACGCUUCUCAGUGUGCCGAACAGCAUACAAGCAUAUAUAUAGCAGGACAAAGGUCUGAAUAUUAGAGAUGUUCCUUUAUGUAAGGGAUUGCCAUUCAGUGUAUUGAGACUUUCUUUUCGAUGGGCAAUCCUUUCGGCAAGUCGUUCCACAAGUUUUAAAGGUUUUAAUGGACUAAGUUGAACCAGAUAUAUACGAAUUAAAAACUCAAAGUAUUUUAUUUGCUCAGUUCAGUUAUUAAAUUAUCGUCUUAAUAAAACAAUUGUGUUCAAACAAAUUAACACACUAUCAAAAGUUACUUUCGGCCCAAAACUAAAAACGAACAACAGCUAGAGAAAAACAAAAUGACAUACUGCCUACAAUGAUUUAAGUUAGGAACUUUUUUACAUAGCUAAUUUAACCAUUUAUCCACAUAAAUUUUAUAUAUCGGUGCAGGUGUUAGGCCAGACCAUGCCUCAAAAUCGGAGAGCGGCAUUGAAAAUCAAUUAGUAAUUGAUUUAAUUGAGAUGGCAGAGGCUCUUUGGAUUAUUGAAAAGCAUGAAUAUGGCAAAAAAAAAUUGGCAGUUUUUUAAUGGAGCUUAAACGGCGCCGAAGAUGAAAAUGUAGAGCAAACAACAUUAAUUUUAGGAUAUGCUUGGCAUUGGUUUGCUUAGUAAUUAGUGAAUUGAUAACAUAAAAUACGUUUCUUUAUAUGAAUAUUUUCCCAGCAAGCUCAAUCGCUGCUAGAACACUCUAAUUAACAUUAUUAUACAAAGCACGACGUAAAAUAUUACGAUUAACAAUAUCAGAAAUAAAUAUUUUAGCAUACGAUGUUAAAAACUAUAUUGCAAAAAAGUUUUACUUUUGACUCAAAACCAAAUAAGUACCGAAAUUCUUAUAUCCCGCAAAACCCCGAUGUUUUACUUCUGUUGGUUUCUACGAGUAUGUGACUUGAACAGCUAACACAUACUGUAAGAAAAGUGAUUAGAUUUAUAACCAAACGGAAGCCUAUAUAUGUAAAUAGUUGAUUUCGUUUAUGUUGAUCGAUUUCUAUCUAUAUUCAAAUGCAUAGCAGAAAUAAAGGAAUCUGUUAAACAAGAAUAAAACGUCGGAUCACGUGAAAAGGUAUAGCCAACUUGAGCAAAAAUUCAGAAACAGCAAUGAAAGUUACAACUAACUAAAAAUCAAAUGCAUUGAAUAAGACUCGUCAAGAGGAAUGUGUUAACAAGCUAAAGCAAAACAAAAACAAAUAUAACAAAAUAUUUAAAUAAUUAUACAGAAACGAAUGCAAAGCAAAUAGAAUGCCCUAAACUAUACUUACAUUAUUGAAUAUACAUGUAAAGCAUAGCAAGGUAAAGUAAACAACCAUUAAUUUUUGAUAGAUUUACAUACAUCAAACACGUUCUUCUACAUAAAACAGAUCAUCCACAGGUAUAUUCAGGUAUUCUAAUUUCACACACACAUUAUUUGAAUCCAAUUUCUUUUUAGAGAAAUUUUACCAUAUUUGGUUAAGGAACUGCAAAAUGUGAAUUUUUUUUAUGUCAGUUUCGCACGUUUGUCCCGCUUUGUUUUCCAAAAAUUUAGCAUAAAUGUAUAAAUGAAUGUUUAUAUAGACUGAAUAUUAUUAAAACGAAAAGAAAAAUCUAAAAAAAAAAAAAAAAAAAAAAAAAAACAGAAUAACACAUAAAAGGACGCGGUUAAAACAUUUCGAAUUGUAAAAAUAUAAAAGAAAAAACAAGAUUUCAUAUUAUCCACAACAUAAAACAGUAAACACAUAUCAACAAUUAGACAAGAUCAUUCUUAAAGUAAAGAUUCAAAUAGACGAAAACCAAAAGUUUCAAAUAAAACAAAUCAAAGUUGACCUCAUCAAGAACCACACAUAGAGAAAAAGUAAGAAAUUAAAACUUGCAUAAAGAAAGAUGUAUAAAUGUUAAACAAUCAUUAUAAAGUAUGUAUAUGCAGAAUAUAUUUAGCAGAGAAAAGAAUUCAAAUAUUAUAUUUUGUAGAUUUUUAGUAAAUUAGAAGUGAACGAUUACGAUGCCCAAUGUCAACACACACGCAUACAUACCCUAUGUCUACAAAAUAUUUAUCCCAAUUAUAUACAUGACCCAUACCCUUACAAAUGUAGCUCAGCUCUCUGUACCCAAGUUGAGAAUUAGAGUUGAAAUUGUUGAUUAAACAAAUGAGGAAAUGGAAAAGCUUUAAGAAAACCCAAUGAUUGGAUGGAACUUUUAUACACCGACAUAAAAGUUGAAUUAAAUUGCUCAAUGAGUUCUUAGGAGGGAGUUGGCUCAACAGACACAGUACAGUGCAUGGUAUGAACGGUUGAAAAGAAUUCAGUAUUAGCAAAAGCGAGUAUACAAUGGAAAUCAAAAUGUUAUUAACAAAGCACACCAAAAAUAAUACUUUAAAAAACUGCAUGUGUUGAUGAAGAAAUCAAAUUUCAAUGUUGUGAAAUUUGAACAAAUAAAAAACAAACGAGCAAAUUGUUUACUUCAAAAGUAUUUCUGCGCAUUUAAGCAAAAUCGUAAAACAAUGCUUCAUCAUUUCAACCUAUAAUGAGUCGAAGUUUUGCUAAGCAAUUAAAACAAACUAACGAAAAAAGAUUUCAAUAAACAGCAAAAACAAAUCAAGCAUGAAACUAAGAUCAAGAAUAAUAAAUUGUUAGAAAAAGCCAUGAAAGUGUAAACGCUAAUGGAUGUCAUGCAUUUUAAAAAGCAUAGCAAAAGCUAAACUAUUAUAUUACCAACAGAAGACAACACAGAAUUCAUUAAAUUGCGUACGUAAGUAUGUUUGUAUGUGCGUACAUGCAUAAUAUAAUAUAUUAUUAAAAUUAUUAUGUAUUUCAAGCAAAGAAUUGUGAAUUAGUAAUAAACAGAAACAAAAUGUCAAGCAAAAGUAAAUAAAAAUGUACAAUACAAAAAA